AUGGGUGCCACCGUUAUUCAUUCUGUGCUUCUCUUUGAUGGCGUCUCGACUCAUCCCAACGCCACUGUCACCUUCGACCGAGAAUCUGGCAGAAUCACAUCUGUCUCUACCACUCCCACUUCCAGCACACAUUUUCCUCCUGGUGCGGCCGUGAUUGAUGGCCAAGGAUGCACUCUUCUUCCCGGCUUGAUCGAGUCACACAUGCACGUGCACAAUCUUCACCUUCCCCCAGGGGCGAGCGAGGAUGAUAUCCUGCGUUCACCCUUACGAUGUGGCGUCACCACUCUGAAAGCACUCGUUGACACGUGGCCCAAUGUGACUGUCGAUAACGCGGCAGAGUUUGUCAAGAGCCACAAGGCGAAUGGUGCAGAUUACAUCAAACUGAUGCAAGAAAAUUGCUGUUCUCUCGCCAUGCCAACAGGGGCUAUUCCUGUAGCCACCCUCGAGCUUCAGACGGCUGUGGUCAAAGCUGGCCACGACGCAGGGUUCCCAGUUGUCGGCCAUGCACUCAGUGUUGACAUGACUGAGGUCGUCCUCAAGUCUGGUGCGGACGGUCUCACACAUACGUUCGUGGACCAGCCUCUACCAUCAAGCACCCUCGACCUCUACAAAAAGAACAACGCAUUUGUCAUCCCGACCUUGACCAUCCUCGCAAGUCUGACAAAUGAAUUGCAGGAUUGGCGGGAUCGGUUCGCAGACCUCGCCAAACAGAAGAAGUUGGUGGACGAUUUCUCUGUGCAAAACAUGAGAGAGACCAUGAACGCGAAAGACGAAGCAGCCAAGCUCGAGUACGCCUUUGAUGCGAUCAAGACAUUCAGACAGGAAGGCAUUGACGUUGUCGCGGGCACCGAUUCUGUUGCUGGGCUCAAGGGUUCGGGCCUUGGUCCUAGUCUCUGGAUGGAGCUGCUGUUGUAUAUCGAAAAAUGUGGCAUGAGUGUUACGGAGGCCCUUCACUCGGCAACGGCGCUCCCCGCAAUGAGGUUCGGUUUCAGUGAUCGAGGUGUCGUUGCCGAGGGGAAGAGAGCCGACCUUGUGCUCGUGAAAGGGAACGUCACGGAGGAGCUGGCUGCUCUGUGGGAGGGUGAGGGUAUCGUGGGUGUCUGGAAACAGGGCAUUAAGGCCAGCUGA